AUGGCCACCGUUACAGCCCGAAAACUACCACCAGAACUAUGUGAUAUUAUCAUCGACAAUCUGUGGGGCGAUAUUUCUGCUCUUGCUGCUUGUGGUCGCACCUGCCGUUCUUGGCUUCCCAGGGCCCGUCGCCAUCUCUUCGACGACAUCUACGUCCACGGCCACAAUAUUCAGAGAUUUAUGGAUCUCAUAAGGGACAAUCCGUCUAUCCUCCUCUUGGUCAGAUCUCUCACUAUGGGUGAUCAUUUCACUGAGUGGAAGCUGUUGGUGGCGGCGCUAUAUGCGGUCUUCGUGCACCCCAAUCGAGUCAAGAUUGUCUGUCUGAAACAGUGGAAGAUUCUCGUCGAGGUCAAGGACGCCAAAAUUCUGCAUUAUUUAUGGCCAUCUGUCCAAAUUCUCUCCUUUGUCGACUGCGUAUUCGAGAUUUCCGUCUUCAUGCGGAUUUUAUGCGCUUGUCCCCAGCUUUCCGCCGUCAAUGUUCGAAAAACUAAGAUCAUCGGAGAUUCAGCUCCGCCAUCCUUCGCUCCCCCCAAAAGCCUGCGUCUUACGACACUAGACCUCAAGAUCGAAGAACCCGUCCCUUACGUUCUGACGUGCUUCCUGACACAACCUUUUGAUCUCCAGGUCCACUGGUUGAAGAGUAAUUGGUCGAACGUGUCUGCAGAGAAACUCCGAACCGUCCUGAGCCGUGCUGGGACGUCCCUACGACAUCUUUCAAUCGAUGUGUCUGUGGACAACACCCACGAAGCGUCUUCUCAUGGCACUUUGGACCUUUCAGUCAACCCGAAUCUGGUCUCGCUGCAUGUCGAGCAAUUUGUCCAGACCACUAGCUUCCGUGUCGCGCGAAGUAUACUCGCCGAGGUUCGGAAAAUGCACACCCAUUUCCGGGAGGUAUACUUCAGCGUUGAAGGCUGUGUUAACAGUCUGCAACUGCCGUACUCGCGCCUCGACAAGCAACUAGCCCGCAUCGCUGGCUUAAUAGAAAGGCGCACGGCGUUGCUAGUCACCUUCAUUAUUAUUAAUCCCGAAGACCUCGUCAAAUCCCAGGAGUUAGGAGACUUAAUCGAGAGUAGUCUGCCAAAGUUGCAAGCUACGCGAGGUCGCCUCAGAAUUUUGGCUGUUGAUUCUGGGACAGACGUCUGUGGCCGUGCAGUGGUGCUAAAGACGCAUUUUGACGGCGAUCCGAAUGGAAAUACUGAGUUCGAUGGAAGAGGAGAUGGCUUUGGCUCAGGACUGCGUCUCAAAGCUCCUCCUGGCUUUUUCGAUUUUGCCGUCAGAAUCUGA